AUAAAUCCCCCCUAAUGCCAUUCAUCAGCUUUCAUCAUAGCAGGUCCUGACCAUUUCUCUGCGAGUGUUUUAUACAGAGAGGGAUCUUGAUCUUGAAAGGAUUGAGACAGAAAGAGAGAGUCAAUACUAAUAAUGUCUCAGUUUACGAACCUUUUCUUAGUUCUUUCUCUUUUUGCCUUUGCUCCCCUUUGCUGCUUCUCUAGCAAGACCCAUGGGGGCUACCUCUACCCACAGUUUUAUGAUCACUCGUGCCCAAAAGCUCAACAGAUUGUGAAGUCCAUAGUGGUCAAGGCUGUGGCCAAAGAAGCUCGCAUGGCGGCUUCAUUGCUUAGGCUCCAUUUCCACGACUGUUUUGUCCAGGGCUGCGACGCAUCCCUAUUGUUGGACAACAGCGGAAGCAUAGUCAGUGAGAAGAGGUCGAACCCAAACAGGAACUCUGCUCGAGGGUUUGAAGUUCUGGACGAGAUAAAAUCUGCUUUGGAGAAAGAGUGCCCACAUACAGUAUCUUGUGCUGAUAUUGUGGCUCUAGCUGCUAGAGACUCCACUGUUCUAAGCGGUGGACCCAGCUGGGAGGUUCCAUUAGGAAGAAGGGACUCCAGAAGUGCAAGCUUGAGUGGCUCAAACAACAACAUCCCUGCUCCAAACAACACAUUCCAGACUAUCCUCACCAAGUUCAAGCGACAAGGACUUAAUGUCGUCGAUCUUGUUGCACUAUCCGGGAGCCACACGAUAGGAAAUGCCCGUUGCACCAGCUUCAGGCAGAGACUCUACAACCAGUCAGGCAAUCGGCAACCCGGCAGUACAUUUGAUCAAUCGUAUGCUGCCCAAUUGAGAACCAAAUGCCCGAGAUCAGGUGGUGAUCAGAACCUAUUUUUCUUGGACUUUGUCAGCCCAACAAAAUUUGACAACAGCUAUUUCAAGAACUUGUUGUAUUCUAAAGGCCUUUUAAGCUCUGAUCAAGUUCUUCUCACAAAGAACGAAGCAUCCAUGGAAUUGGUGAAGACAUUUUCAGAAAACAACAAGCUGUUCUUCGAGCAGUUUGCCCAGUCCAUGAUUAAGAUGGGAAAUAUUUCUCCAUUGACAGGCUCAAGGGGAGAGAUUAGAAAGAAUUGCAGGAAGAUUAACUCCUGAUUAGCUCCAUUAUAAUACUGCAGUUCCAUCGAGUGUUGUGUGCUUUUCCUGCAAUGUAUUCCUGAUUAGUUAAUACUAUAUGACAUAUUUUAAGUGCUUGGUAUAUGAACCCGCGUAAAUGUGCUAUAUUUACGAGUGAUUGGGAAUGAAAAGAUCUAAGAUGAAAAGAAAAAUUAAUCUUCGAAAACUAUCUCAAGAUUUUAGUAGGUAGGUCACCAGACAGCAUAAAAUAAAGGAAAAUUCUCAGACACUCCUACAACGGAUACAAUUCCACACGAGGAAACGCUACACCCAACGGCUACAUGCACUAGAAUGGAAAUCACAUCCACUGAAUCCUCUUAAUUUACUUUUUUUCACAAACACCUGCUGUUCAAUUGUCUUUAUGGAAAUCCCUUGUGCGAGCAAGAGAGCCUUACUCCCAUGGCGUCAAUCUCACUUUCGGUCAACAAUAUCGUGACCAUACGGUUGAACUAGGGGAAUUUCCCCUUAU